AAUGACUAAACGAUGACGGUCUAUUUCCCACCGAAAUCUAAGCUUAAUACCAGGUAGAGCACCAGCAAGAAAUAAUAGCAUCUCGCAUCCACACCACCGCCGUUCGUUCUCACCGCGGUUUCUCCACCUGCUUCUGGAAGCUUCUUUCAUUGUUCCUUUAUUCUCUCCCUUGCUAUAUAAUCCUCCUAUUUUCCCAAUCCACACCAUUCAAAUACUCCCAUUUUUAGCAUCAUACGAUUACAAAACAUCUCAUAUUCCUCUUCAUCUCCUUCCAGAAAUCUUCGGAUCAAAACUCUUCUGCGAUCAUGGCCGAGGAAUUUCCCCAAUCCCAGCAACAUCUUGCUACCAGGGAAGAUGAACCGGGGCUCAAGUACCUGGCGUUUGUGCAAGUGGCUGCUAUUCAUGCCCUCAUGCGCUUCUCCAUCCUCUAUGCCUAUGCCAAGGAGCAUUCUGGCCCCCUCAAGCCAGGCGUCGAGAGCGUGGAGGGAACCGUCAAAAGUGUGAUUCGACCUGUAUACGAUAAAUUUCAUGACGUCCCUGUCGAAGUCCUUAAAUACGUUGAUCGCAAGGUCAGGGUCGAAUGGAGAAAUUUGUCCUGCUUGCCAUUGUUUUCUGCCAAUGUGGGAGACUCCUUGACUGAGCUAGACCGCCAUGUACCUUCCAACAUCAAGAAGGCAUCGGCCCAAGCCUUCACUGUCGCUCAAAAAGCUCCGGAGGCGGCUCGAACCGUGGUUUCUGAAGUUAGGCGAGCUGGUGUGGUAGAUACUGCGUCGGGUUUGGCUAAGUCGGCGUACUCCAAGUACGAACCUACAGCCAAGGAGCUGUAUGCAAAGUUUGAGCCGAAGGCUGAGCAGUGUGCGGUGUCCGCAUGGCAGAAGCUGAACAAGCUGCCAAUGUUCCCGCAAGUUGCUAGUGCCGUUAUUCCAACGGCAGCCUUCUGUACGGAGAAGUACAACCAGACUGUUGUUUACACCGCUCAGAAGGGUUAUAGAGUUUCGACCUACCUGCCAUUGGUGCCUACGGAGAAGAUUGCAAGGAUUUUCGGUGAAAAUAAGGCGUGAUAUUUCUGGUUGUUGUUGUCUUUGUAAAAUGUAAGGGAUUGUGUUGCUUUAGUCGCUUGUGAUUUUUCUGGUUGUUGUUUCUUUCUCCUGUAUACUGUUUAAGUUGUUGUAUCAGGAAGCAGCUAUUUGUUUGUUUCCCGGUUCUGUUGUAAAGAGUGUUUAGGUGCUAGGUGAUGACUGGAGCUUAACAGCGUGAUGGUUUGAGUACUCAUGUUGAUCUAAUAUCACCACUUUCAUGAGCCGAA